UCAAACCAACCUCAUUGCCAAAUCCUUUAAUCUAUCUAAUUCGAUUGCUCCUACAAGUUCCUUUGGGAAAUGAAAAAAAACCAGCAAUACGAGCGCGUUUUCAAUCACUUUGAUUACAAUGGAGACGGGAAGAUUUCACCUUUAGAGCUACACCAGUGUGUUGAAGCGAUAGGUGGGGAGCUUUCAUUGGCGGAGGCUGAGACGGCGGUGGAGUUCUUAGACACGGAUGGAGAUGGGCUGCUGGGGUUUGAUGACUUCGUCAAGUUUGUUGAAGGAGGUAAAGAAGAAGAGAAAGUGAAUGAUUUGAAGGAGGCGUUUAAGAUGUAUGAGAUGGAUGGGUGUGGAUGUAUAACUCCCAAAAGUUUGAAAAAGAUGCUUAGCAGACUAGGUCAGUCCACAACAAUUGAUCAAUGUAAGGUGAUGAUAGCUCAAUUUGAUCUCAAUGGCGAUGGCGUCCUCAAUUUUGAUGAGUUUAGGGUCAUGAUGUUAUGAUUAAUAAUAUCAUGCUGUAUAAUACUAUCAUACAUUCAUUGAUUAUUUCGUUCUUCACCCCGUGAUGUAAUAAUUAAUCUCUUUGGCAGAUUAUUCCAUACCUAUAUAUAUAAUUUUUUCUUCAUAUACA